UUUUGCUUUCGCUGUUUCUCCUUCAUCGCCCUCCAGCUGGAUAGGACUGUCGCGAGUCGGUGUUAGAAACUGCUUGAAAACAACGAACCAACUAUCUACACCAACGCAAAAAAAUCCAGUAGAAUGGCUGUUCCUCCAUCAUAUGGUGACCUUGGUAAAUCUGCAAAGGACAUCUUCAACAAAGGAUACGGCUUUGGAUUGGUGAAACUUGAUGUCAAGACUAAGUCUUCAAGUGGAGUGGAAUUCAAAACCUCUGGCUCAUCCAACACUGACACCAGCAAAGUCAAUGGCAACCUGGAGACCAAGUACAAAUGGGCUGAAUACGGCCUGACGUUUACAGAGAAGUGGACCACAGACAACACUCUGGGGACUGAGAUCACCGUUGAAGACCAGAUCACCAAAGGGCUGAAACUUACGUUCGACACCCAAUUCUCACCAAAUUCUGGCAAGAAGAGCGGUAAGGUGAAGACUGCGUAUAAGCGUGAAUACGUCAACUUGGGCGUGGAUGUGGACUUUGACUUUGCCGGCCCGGCCAUCCAUGGUGCGGCGGUGGCCGGAUACGAGGGAUGGCUGGCCGGCUACCAGAUGACCUUUGACACGGCCAAGUCCAAAAUGACCCAGAGCAACUUUGCUGUUGGCUACAAAACGGGAGAUUUCCAGCUGCACACCAAUGUUAAUGAUGGCACAGAGUUUGGAGGGUCCAUUUACCAGAAGGUGAAUGACAAGCUGGAGACUGCUGUGAACCUGGCCUGGACAGCAGGCAGCAACAGCACGCGCUUUGGCAUCGCUGCCAAGUAUCAGCUGGACUCCAGUGCCUCCAUAUCUGCUAAAGUUAACAAUGCCAGCUUGGUGGGAGUGGGCUAUACCCAGACGCUGCGACCAGGUAUGAAACUUGUCCUGUCUGCCCUGGUGGAUGGCAAGAGCAUCAACGCCGGUGGCCACAAGCUGGGACUGGGCCUGGAGCUAGAGGCAUAAGUAUCUAGCUAUCCUUUCUAGUGAAGUCUUCAUGUGUUAAUAUUUGAGGGAAUAUUAGAAGAAUUUGGCCUUAUUUAUUUCCAACCCAACAACCAGUAAGGGAUGUCUCAAAGGAAAGCGAUGAAUCUAAUCUAAAACAACAACAACAUAGCCCUCAGUUCUGUCAGUUAGAUGGAACCCUGACCUAUCAGCCACUGUCAUUUCCUUUCAGUUGGUAGGUAGUCAUCCUGUGUGUCCUAUGAACAGUAGCCCAGUACUACUAAGCCUGUGAUGUAUUGGUUUGUAGUCAGUCAUCCUGUGUGUCCUAUGAACAGUAGCCCAGUACUACUAAGCCUGUUAUGUAUUACUGUACCACUAGUGAAAUACAUCCUCCUUCUCAAAGAGCGUGUUUAUUCUGCAUGUUUUACGUUUGUUUUAUUGUUUUGGCCUGGACAAUCCAUGGAGGGUUAUAUUAAGAUGUAUACUUUGAUUUAAUUCUAUAUAUAAUAACAAUGUUAUUAUGUUGUCAUUAUGUGACAAUCCUGAACUGUUGUUUUGCACACUAGCAAAUUAUAUUAUACCUUAAUUUAUAUCCUUUCUUUCCCUGUUUCAUUUGCACAUAGAGUAGCCUUCGGUUAGCAACGCUUUGCCUGUUGUCAGGACGGCUCCUACUCAGAAUGUUCAUCGCGUAUUCUAGAGACCUUAAACCUCUAUUCUAAUGGGUGUUGAUCUAUUUAGCUAAUAUUCUUGAGGACAUGUUAAUUAAUUAUGCUUACUGCUUCGCCACCCAUUCUGCAGUCUUUUUACAGACCCACAUGAUCUUGACCUGUUUCCUAGUUGAACAUGGUAAUAUAAAUUGCAAGACAUUUGCCAAAUGGGAUUUUCUGGGUGUCAUUAGAAAGGAAAAAGGGGAAAGUAUUAUAACUGAGCGAAUCCUUCACCUCCCCUUCCCCUAGCUGUGUAUAAAUGAUAUGACUGGGAAACCAAGUCCACUUGUCUGUCUACCUUUACAAUAAAGUCUUUAAACAA